UUUGAACUCUUUUUUCUCAAAUGCGUAAAGGCGGCGCUCAAAGAGCCAAAGAGACCUCGCCUAGGAGUCGACGAAUCGUUGGUGAGCUGUGGCGGUGUUUAAUCUUAUUCCUGCUCCCCUCAUUGUGGCUGACCCGUAGUGCCAUGCCGUUCCAGAAAGAGACCGCUGGACAUCUGCAAGGGUUCCCUGAAUCAGCAGCCUGGUGAUGCAAGCAAACGUUUAAUGAAUCUCCCCAGUCAGCAGCAGCCUUUCCAGAAUCAUCAUCACGAACCCGACGUAUCCGCCCUCCGUCUUGCCAUUGCUCUGAACGCUCUGGGUACCGUUCCUACCAGCAAACAGCCACUGCAUCCGCACUGCAUCCGCACUGCACCGGGCACCUCGCUCUCCGCCGCGCACUCGCUGACGACAACGGAGGACGGUAGCGCCGAGUUUCUAUGUGCCUUAUUAGCGCCUCGCUGCGUCUAUCAGGCUAUCAGUCACCAGCCAACCCACCCAACCACUGGACAACAACGACCGCUGCCUGCGAGAUUCACAACCUGUUGAUGUUGAGCCUACAGGGACAAUAAUUUCUGGGCUAUCUUUUCAGACUCCCUCCAAGCCGAAGGCCGCACGGAAUCACCGACCACCACCGCCGCCCGACCUUCCCCCUUUUCCCCCGCGAUGCCCUCAAUCUUGAAUGACGACGACAAGGAGACCGUCAAGCGCCAUGUGCCCAAGCAAACCAACAAAAUCCACGCCGUUGCCAUUGCUCGCCUCUACGUAGCGUAUCCCAAUCGGUCGAAAUGGACAUACACGGGGUUACAGGGUGCUGUGGUGCUGGCGAAUGACCUGGUCGGCAACACGUACUGGUUGAAGAUGGUGGACAUCUCGCCCGGAAACCGAGGUGUCAUUUGGGAUCAAGAGAUAUUCGACACAUGGAGUUACAACCAAGACCGUGUCUUUUUUCAUACGUUUGAGUUGGAAGAGUGUUUGGCGGGGCUGUCCUUUGUGGACGAGAAGGAGGCCAAACAGUUCUUGAAGAAGAUGAAUGACCGGGAGAAGAACGCGAGCAAGGCCACGCUGAAGACACCGUUUGGAGGCUCGGCGCAAGCUGCCCCGCACAAGCAUCACCAUGGUCUGCUUGGGGGUCUCUUCGGUCACCGUCACUCGUCCGCUCCCACUCCGCCCGAAUCGCCACGUGCCCCUGCCGCUUCGACGCGAGAUAGCAGAUCCGGGAGCGUCAACGGGUACAAUGCGCCGCCUGUUUUGGCACCGGCCCGCUCUGCCUUUGCUACCCUGGACGCCUUCGACCCGCUAUGGAGAGAACAUUUCGGAGACGAUUUGAAGGCACAGGGUCUUACCGACGACUUUAUCCAGGACAACCAGGACUUCAUCAUUGAUUUCCUCAAGGAACAGCAGGCAAGCCAGGCCAGUCAACCAGUCUCGGCGCCCCCUCCCCCACCACCUCCAGUCAAUGGAUCAGGGGCAGGACUGAGGGCGCCUCCUCCGCCACCUCCUCCGGCAGGGCGCCCCGAGGCCCCCUCGGCACCACCAGCGCCCCCGGCCCCGAGAAGAGGAGCAGCGCCACCUCCCCCGCCGGCUCCGAGAAGGUCAGCCAAUAAACUGGAUGCGCCAGCCGAGCGCGAGCCAACACCACCGCGAGAAGACACCCCCCCUCUUCCCUCCCGACCAAAAUUCGCUGUUCCCCCGCCCAUCGCGGACGCUGGCAAGUUUGCGCGUAUCGAGCCGGUUCGAUCUGUGCCGGCACCUCCAGCUCCCGGACCCCCACCGCCGCCUCGGCCACCAAAGACACCGAUCGAAGAUGGCGAACCGUCACACCGACAUGCCGUCCCUCCACCCUUUGCUGGACAGCGGAGCGUUCCUCCUCCUCCCCCGAGUCGCGGCACUGUGCCUCCCGCUCCACCGUCGAGAAAUGCGGCACCAGUGCACGCCCCGCCUCCACCUCUGCCUCCCAAGGCCCCGGCUUCGAGCGCGCCUCCUCUUCCACCGAUGAACUCUCGACCACCUCCUUCAUUGCCGGUUAGAAGCCCAGCUCCCCCUCUGCCAUCAUCCAACGCACCUCCUCCACCACCGCUUCCAGCUUCGAAUGCGCCCCCGCCUCCUCCUCUACCUUCCUCACACGCACCUCCCCCUCCACCCUUGCCUUCGUCACACGCACCCCCUCCCCCUCCUCUUCCGGCAUCCAGCGCACCCCCGGCACCACCCCUCCCCCCAUCGGGCGGUGCUCCUCCCCCACCACCACCUCCCCCUCCCCCUCCAGGACCAGGAAUGGGCGGUAUUGCCCCCCCACCUCCCCCUCCGCCUCCUCCGGCAGGAGGUAUCCCCCCUCCUCCUCCUCCGCCUCCUCCCCCCCCCAACCGAGACUCGGGGUACUCGUCCAGCGUGCCCGCCGCACCCGCCCUUUCCUCUGGCGAUCCAGGACGUGGCGCCUUGUUGGAUGGUAUUCGUGGUGCUGGCGGUAUUAAGGCACUCAAAAAAGUGGAUCGGAGCCAGAUUCGGGAUCGAUCUGGAGCCCAAGUUCCCGGGAAUGAUACGGGCCCUCAUGGGAGUGGUCUUCCGCCUGCGGGAGUCGGGGCUGCUGCUGCUGGGGGUGCGGCAGGUGGUGGGAUGGCUGAUGCUUUGGCGCUAGCGUUGGAAAAGAGGAAGAACAAAGUUAGCAAGAGUGAUGAUGAGGAUGACGGGGAUGACUGGGAUUAAGUGUGAGGAUUUGUGGAAGAAGAGGCUGCGUUGAGAGUUUGGUGAGAAGGGUAGUCUGACAUGAAGGGAAAGAGUAGACGGAGAAGUUUGUAUGGCUGGUUCAAGCGAGUUUUGCAAGGAGUAGGAGAAAGGGGUCGGGAGUUUGAGAAAGAGAGGGUACUUUGAGAUGGCAUCACGAGGUCCAAGGAUGUUCACAAAAGCGAAGAAAAGGGAAGGGAUAUGUAGAGCUAGGGGAAAUAGGCAAGAUAGGAAAAGAGUCAUUCUGAAUUCGUAGUUUGAAAAGAGCAUUACAUGCCACUCUUGCGAGCGGUUCGGGCAUGUCUCCUUUGG